CCGAAGAUUGUCGGCAUUGUGCAAGUGUGACCAAAGACUGCACGCACUGCGCUUCCGACGCUUCGGUCACUUCCUGUUUCUGCCCAACAUACGCCAGCGGCCCCACAAACAAUCCACAACGCAUUCAACACGAUGCCACAGAUUAAACUGCGCACCGCCGAUGAUGUUAUUUUCGAAACUGAACGCCGGGUUGUGAGGUGCUCCCGCACCAUUCUGACCGAACUGGGCUCUGAUGGGAAAGAUGUCUGUGUGCCGCUGCCCAAUAUUGAUGCAAGUAAUUUGCGAAAAAUUCUGGAAUGGGCCGAACACCACAAGGAGGACUACGACAAUCUCAUUGAUUACGAAACCAGCGAAAUGACAGAGUGGGACGCCGCAUUUAUGCCCGCGAAGAUAUCGGAGAUUAUAGAACUAUUUUCGGCAGCUAUUUACUUGGACAUCAAGGCGCUGAUUGAUCUGUGCUGCCGGCAGAUAGCGCUCAAGAUUCAGGGCCAGACCAUGGAGCAGAUGCGUGUGACCCUAAAUAUCAAUCCGGAGGGCGAUAAGGAAAUUAAAUAAUGUGAACAUAACCUCAGCUAAGCUUCGGAAUGCAAAUAAAAGAACAGAAGAAAAAUAAAUAAUAAUA